AUGCAAAUCUUUGUGAAAACAUUGACCGGCAAAACCAUCACUUUAGAAGUAGAAUCGUCAGACUCUAUUGAAAAUGUUAAGGCUAAAAUUCAAGACAAAGAAGGAAUCCCACCAGACCAACAACGUUUAAUUUUCGCAGGAAAACAAUUGGAAGAUGGCCGUACACUAUCAGACUAUAACAUUCAGAAAGAAUCCACCCUUCAUUUAGUUUUGCGUCUUCGUGGAGGUAUGCAAAUCUUUGUGAAANAGAAUCGUCAGACUCUAUUGAAAAUGUUAAGGCUAAAAUUCAAGACAAAGAAGGAAUCCCACCAGACCAACAACGUUUAAUUUUUGCUGGAAAACAAUUGGAAGAUGGCCGUACACUAUCAGACUAUAACAUUCAGAAAGAGUCCACCCUUCAUUUAGUUUUACGUCUUCGUGGUGGUACUCAGUAA